AUGUGCUUCUCUCUCUCUCUCUCAUUUAUUUUCUUCGCAAUAAUCUUUUCCUCCAUUUACAUUUUACUUUCUUUAUUUGUAUUAAUUCCUGUUUUUCUCUCCUUUGAACUUUUUUUUUCUUUUUGCCGAUAUUUGAAAAUAGAGAGAGAAAGACAUUCACUUAAAAUAACUCGUUCCACUCCUAUCUAUUUUUGGCUACACCUAUCACGCUAUGAAUCAACCAUUCUGUUUUGUUUAUUUUCUUCCGUAGACUUCAUUAUUACUUACUUACUUACUUACUUACUUUCUUUCUUUCUUUCUUUCUUUCUUUCUUUCUUUCUUUCUUUCUUUCUUUUCUUUCAUUCUUUUUUCAGCUAUCCUUAUAUCAUAUUCUUUUCUUCUAUUGAACUAAUCGCCCCUCCUUAUAUUUCUCAUGCAUUUUAUUUCUCUCUCUUUCCCCCUCUCUCUCUCUCUCCAUUAUUUCGUUCUUUCUAUCUUCAGCUAUCCUUACAUCUUCUUCUAUUCAACUAUCCACCCUUUCUUAUACCCCCACUUUUUUUUUAUUUCUCUCUGUUUUUCUAUUUCUAUUUCUCUUUCUCUCCCUCCUUUCUUUCUUUCUUUCUUUCUUUAUCUAUCUAUCUAUCUAUCUAUCUAUCUUUCCUUACAUCUUCUUCUCGCCUUCAAUUCAAUUGUUCACCCUUCUUUAUAUCACUACUCUUCUUAUUUCUGUCCUCCUCUUUCUCUUUCUUUCGCUCUUUCUCUCUCUCCUUCCUUUCUUUCUUUGUCUAUCAUUACAUCUUCUCUUUUUCUAUUGAACUUUUCGCUAUUUCUUAUAUUCUCCACCCUUUUAAAUUCUCUUUGUCAUUCUCUUUCUCUCUCCCCUUUCUUACUUUUUCUUUCUUUCUUUCUUUCUUUCUUUCUUUCUUUCUUUCUUUCUCUAUCUUUACAUUUUCUUCUAUUGAACUGUUCGACCCUUCUUUAUAUUUCAUACUCUUUUCUCUCUCUCUCUCUCUCUUCUCUCUCCCCUUUCUUACUUUUUCUUUCUUUCUUUCUUUCUUUCUUUCUUCAUCUAUCCUUACAUCUUUUUCUAUUGAACUGUUCGACCCUUCUUUAUAUUUCCUACUCUUCUGUCUCUCUCUCUCUCUUCUCUCUUUCCUUUCUUUCUUUUUUCUUCAACUAUCCUUACAUCUUAUUAUCUUCUUCUAUUCAACUGUUCGCCUCUUCUUUAUAUUUCCUACAUUUUUUAUUUUCUCUCUCUCUCUCUCUCUCUCUUUCUCUCUCUCUCUCUCUCUCUCUCUAUCUAUCUAUCUAUCUAUCUCUUUCCUUUCUUUGUUUCUUUCUUUCGUUCUUUUUUUCUCUCUUCAACUAUCCUUACAGCUUAUCUUCUUCUUCUAUUCAACUGUUCGUCCUUUCCUUAUAUUUCCCUCUCUUUGUAUUCCCCCUCUCUUUCCUUGUCAUGGUCAUCACCAUUUGUGCAGCUCGACAAGAACUGGACGUCACUUGCGAAGAUCAUCAGAGCCAUCAGAAGUAAUAGUGGUACGUGCAUCGAAUCAUCAGUCACUACGCCCACCUCUACUGAUAUUCCCAGUCCUACGGGCAAACGCUAAAGUGCUUCACCGGUGUCACGCCUCCGGUGGCUGGGACGAACUCUCUCUCUCUCUCUCUCUCUCUCUCUCUCUCUCUCUCUCUCUCUCUCUCUCUUCAGGGCUUUUGUAUUUAUUGACGUCUGCCUAA